AUGUCUGCUCCACACGGGCCCCGGGGCGGCCCUGGCCCUGCUGCUGCUGCUGCUGCUCCUGCCUCAGCGGCCGGCGCCAUGCCGGAGAUGCCGGACCUCAGCCACCUCACCGAGGAGGAGAGGAAGAUCAUCCUCGGUGUCAUGGACCGACAGAAGAAGGAGGAAGCGAAGGAACAGUCGAUGUUAAAGAUCAAAGAAGAACCAAAGCCUCAGCCGGCACAGUGGUUUAGUGGGAUCACUGAGCUGGUAAAUAACGUCCUUCAGCCCCAGCAAAAGUCCCAAAAUGACAAGGAGCCAGAGCCAGACGCGAAGUUGCACCAGCAGUUUGAGUCUUAUAAGGACCAGGUUAAGAAGAUGGGGGAGGAGACUAAGCCGGUUCAGGACCAGAAGAGUGAAGCCCCAACCUGCGGGAUAUGCCACAAAACCAAGUUUGCCGAUGGCUGUGGCCACCUCUGUUCAUAUUGCCAAACGAAAUUCUGUGCUCGGUGCGGAGGACGAGUGUCUCUGCGGUCAAAUAAGGUUAUGUGGGUAUGCAACUUGUGCCGAAAACAACAAGAAAUCCUCACCAAAUCGGGGGCGUGGUUCUACGGCUCGGGGCCUGGUCAGGUGCGGGGCGUGUUUGAGGGCGGGCCGCAGGGAAAGAAGGCCAAACUGCAGGACCCGUCCCUGUACCCCUACCAGGGAGCCUCAGGGGACUUGACACCAGCGUCAGACAGAAGCAGACCUCACGGCGGGCUCCUGCCCAGACAGGCGUCCCUUGACAACGGUUCGGGACUGAGGUACUCGGUACCCGGUGACGCACCCAUAGACAGGAAACGAAGCCCAUCUGCAUCCAGGGAUCCAAACCAAAAAUACGACCAAAGGGAGGGGGGUGACCACUCACAGUAUGCCCCGACGGACGGCGGCAUGCCCAGAUCACCGUCUGACUAUGGGGAUGGGGACCCUCGGCGGGCUCCGCGGGGCCCACACAUGUACCCAGAUGUGGAUGCGGCACGGAUGGGCUACCGGGACCGGCGGGGCCCGGGACGCUGGCACUCCCAGGAAUACCCGCUGGACCAGGAGCUAGAUGGACCACCCAGCGAGUAUGACCUCCAGCGGCAGCGGCAGGAGGAAUUCCAGGCGCGCUAUCGCAGCGACCCCAACCUGGCACGCUAUCCUGUUAAGCCACAGCCGUACGAGGAGCAGAUGAGGAUGCACGCUGAGGUGGGACGCCUGAGGCACGAACGGCGUCAUAGUGAUGUCUCCCUGGCCUACACGGAGCAGGAUGAGCCAGGCCCCAUCCGGCUGUCCCGUCAGCAUCUCACCGAGCGCCGGCCGCCUAUGGUGGGACAGCGCUCCUACUCCGUCGACCGCUCCUCCCCUGGGCCAAUGGGUCCCGGCCUCGGAGGCCACAGAACAUCUAACCACAGCCCCCCAACGCCGCACCGUAGCCCUGUGUUGGGUGACCGAUCUGGUGACCUGCGGAGAGGUGACCUGGGUGGGGAUCCCAUGAGGAGGCAGCAACACCACUUGGACCCCAGUUCAGCUGUCCGCAAGACUAAGAGGGAGAAGAUGGAGAGCAUGUUGAGGAACGACUCUCUCAGCUCGGACCAGUCAGAGUCUGUGCGCCCGCCGCCCCCCAAGCCCCACAAAACCAAAAAGGGAGGAAAGAUGCGGCAGGUGUCGCUGAGCAGCUCGGAGGAGGAGCUGGCCACCACACCGGAGUACACCAGCUGUGAGGAUGUGGAGAUAGAGAGUGAGUCAGUCAGUGAGAAAGGGGACAGUCAAAGGGGAAAAAGAAAAACUAUUGAGCAGACAUUUAUGUCCGAGCCGACACACACCUUAUCUGAGAGGCAAAAGAAAAUGGUGCGCUUUGGGGGACACUCAUUUGAAGAGGACUUGGCAUGGUGUGAACCGCAGGUUAAAGACUCGGGAGUUGAUACGUGCAGUAGCACUACCCUAAACGAGGAGCAUAGCCAUAGUGAGAAGCACCCGGUGACGUGGCAGCCGUCCAAAGAUGGGGAUCGCCUAAUAGGGCGUAUUUUACUCAAUAAGCGCAUGAAAGAUGGAAGUGUGCCUCGAGACUCAGGAGCUCUGCUUGGUCUGAAGGUGGUGGGAGGCAAGAUGACAGAAUCUGGUAGACUUUGUGCUUUUAUCACUAAAGUGAGGAAAGGAAGUCUAGCAGACACUGUUGGACACCUCAGACCCGGUGACCAGGUGCUGGGGAGUGGAAUGGGGAAGCUUUGUACGGAAGGGAGCCACAUUUAAGAAGUUUACAAUAUCAUACUAGAAUCUAAGCCUGAGCGCAAGGUGGAUCUGGUGGUCUCACGGCCUAUAGGGGUGAGGCUGCAAGAUAUUCCAAGGAUACCAGACAGCACACAUGCACAACUGGAAUCAAGUUCGAGUUCUUUUGAGUCUCAGAAGAUGGAUCGCCCAUCCAUCUCCGUCACGUCCCCCAUGAGUCCCAGCAUGCUGAGGGACGCCCCCCAGUACCUGUCAGGACAGCUCUCAAGCCAAAGCCUUAGUAGAAGAACAACGCCUUUUGCCCCUAGGGUCCAGGUCAAACUGUGGUAUGACAAAGUGGGCCAUCAGCUAAUCGUCACCAUCCUGGGCGCCAAAGACCUGCCACCCAGGGAAGACGGCCGGCCCAGGAACCCUUAUGUCAAAAUCUACUUCCUCCCUGAUAGAAGCGACAAAAGCAAGAGAAGAACAAAAACGGUAAAGAAAUCCUUAGAGCCCAAAUGGAACCAGACCUUUAUGUAUUCGCCGGUGCACCGGCGGGAGUUUCGGGAGCGCAUGCUGGAGAUCACAUUGUGGGACCAAGCCAGGGUGAGGGAGGAGGAGAGCGAAUUCCUGGGAGAGAUCCUUAUUGAGCUGGAGACAGCUCUUCUAGAUGACGAGCCACACUGGUACAAGCUACAAACCCACGAUGUGUCCUCCAUCCCGCUCCCACGUGCCUCCCCGAAUGCACAGCGCAGGCAGCUCCAUGGAGAGAGUCCAACGCGGCGGCUGCAGAACAAAGGCUCAUAUUCAUACAACUCAGGAUCCCAGAGGAUAAGUGACAGUGAGAUCUCAGACUACGAUUGCGAAGAUGGUGUCGGGGUAAUAACAGACUACCGACCAAAUGGCAGAGACUUCCAGAGCUCCACACUGUCUGUCCCUGAGCAGGUGAUGUCGUCCAACCACUGCUCUCGAUCGGCUGAUAUUAACCGGGCGCGGUCGCGCUCUCCCAGCGUUCCCCCACCCUCCAGCAGAAGUCUGGACCCGGCCUUUGACCUUAGGCCUUCUCAGUACAGCUCCUCCACUAGAGUGGACCACCACAGUGUGUCAGAAGAUAACUACUCACCUGACAGCCGCAACCAUCGUGUGUACCCAAUCUGCCGAGAGGAAGCAGUCAGGUUACUGCGUUCCACUAGGAUGGCCCGUGCCUAUUCUGAGGGCGCCUACUCCUCCGACUAUGACUAUGAGAGGAACCACGGAGCCAUGGAUAGACACGAGUAUCACAGCAGGUCCCGCUCUGCAGACCAGCGGCCCACUAUAGAGCGCCCCACAUCCCGCUCGCGCUCCACUGAACGCCCCCACGACUCUUCGCUCAUGAGGUCCAUGCCGUCUCUGCCAUCUGGGAGGUCCGCCCCCCCCUCACCUGCCUUGACGAGGGCGCAUCCUCGUAGUGGAUCAGUCCAGACCAGUCCCACCAGUACCCCCAUGUCCAGUAGACGAGGACGCCAACUACCACAACUUCCACCUACGGGGAAAGACAGAAAAGAUGGAGACGAAGGAACAGAGCCUUGUGAAGGUAUGGACAUGGAAGAGAGGACCAGGCAGAUGAAAUUGAAUAUGAACAAGUACAAGCAGGGAGCAGGCUCUGACUCCAGGCUGGAGCAGGACUACCACAAGCGUUCAGGCAGAGAUCCACGGGGCUCAGAUAACCUGUCAGCCAAGUCAUCUGACAGUGAUGUAAGCGACGUGUCCGCUGUGUCGAGAACCAGUAGUGCCUCUCGGUUCAGCAGCACGAGCUACAUGUCUGUCCAAUCAGAAAGGCCGCAAGGAAACCGCAAGAUCCGCCAGUUGCGAUCAAGGAGCCAGUCUCGGGAGGGGGAUGAGCAGUUAGGAGAAGUGCUAGAGGAGGAGGAGGCAGGUGGGGGAGGAGGAGAAAAAGGGAGAAGGUUCAGUAAAGAGGGGAGAUCGCAGGGAGGAAGGAAGGGAUCGGGGGGGAAGGUAGACACAGACAAGGAGCAUCAGGAGGAUUUGGUGGAGAAAGAAGAGGACUUGCACCAAAGGAGUAUCUCAGAGACUGACCUCAGUGACUUUGCAUCCAAAAUGAAAAACAGGCAAAUGGGCUCGUCGGGUGGACUAAACAUGACCAAGAGCACAAGCAUCAGCGGCGACAUGUGUAACCUGGAGAAGACGGACGGCAGCCAGUCAGACACGGCGGUCGGCACGGUAGGCACUGACGAGAAGAAGAGGCGCUCCAGCAUUGGUGCCAAAAUGCAGGCCAUGGUUGGCAUGUCACGCAAGAGCCGGAGCACCUCUCAGCUCAGCCAAACAGAAGCGGGAGGUAAGAAGUUACGCAGCACGAUCCAGAGGAGUACAGAGACGGGCCUGGCGGUGGAGAUGAGGAGCAGGAUGACUCGGCAGGCCAGCCGGGAGUCCACAGACGGCAGCAUGAACAGCUACAGCUCCGAGGGAAAUCUUAUCUUCCCCGGUGUGAGGCUCUCCUCAGAUGCCCAGUUCAGUGACUUCCUGGAUGGUCUCGGCCCCGCCCAGCUGGUCGGACGACAGACGUUGGCUACUCCACCUAUGGGUGACAUUCAGAUCGGUAUGGUGGACAAGAAAGGAGCACUGGAGGUGGAGAUCAUCAGAGCCCGUAGCCUUGUGGGAAAACCAGGUUCCAAGGCACUGCCAGCACCAUAUGUAAAGGUCUACCUUUUGGAAAAUGGAGUUUGCAUAGCCAAAAAGAAAACAAAAGUAGCAAGAAAAACCUUGGAUCCUCUUUACCAGCAGCAACUGCCGUUUGAGGAGAGUCCGGGAGGGAAGGUUUUACAGGUCAUUGUUUGGGGCGACUAUGGACGUAUGGACCAUAAAUCAUUCAUGGGAGCAGUUCAGAUACUGUUAGAUGAGCUGGACCUGUCCAACAUGGUGAUUGGCUGGUUUAAGCUCUUUCCUCCUUCCUCACUGGUGGACCCUACUCUGGCCCCACUGACAAGAAGAGCUUCCCAAUCCUCUCUGGACAGUUUCUCUCGAUCAUAGCAGCGUGUGGACUGAUAGCGUUGUUGUAGCAGCCAGUGUUGCGAUUACAGGUCACGCCCCCCGGUUACACUGCAUGCUUGAUGUUGUGUCUUCUGAGCCUGUUUCUAGGGGUGCAAACGUGAUCCUGUGUUUUAAGCAAAAACGUCGCACACAUUGUGCACGUGGCGAAGCGUGUUACAAGCGCCUGGCGGCCGGGAUUGCCGGGUGUUGUUGUUGUUGUUUGGAGGAAGCUGGAAUGAACUCCUUAGCACGAGGAAUCUGUCAGUUCCAGGUUUUCAUCCAAUUCGAAGCCAUGGGGGUCAGUACUGGGAACCGCUAAAAGAGUUCUACAGAAGCCCUUUUCGAAUGAAAAAUAAAUGUUUUGCUUUGAUUAUUUUUUUUUGUUUUUAUUUUCAUUUAUUUUCUUUUUUUUUCUUUUAAUGUCAAUGUACUUGUAUCUGAAAGGGGAGACAAUGUUUCUAACCAGAUGCUUGGUCACGCCACGCCAACAGACCUAGCUGUGUAGAUGGAGUUUUGGAGACCAUCACUUUGGGUGAGGUGUGUCCCAGCUUGUAUCCACACUCCCCCCCACCCCCAAAAAAAGAAAAAAAAAUGCCCCCAUACUCUAUGGUUUAUGUACUGAAUCAAACCGUACUGGUAAACCACCGGAAAGACUUCAAAGUUAAUCAGAGGCAAUACUGAAGUGGCUAAGAUCAACACUCCAGAAUAUACAGUAACGAUCCCAACCCCAUGAAAAGAUGUACAAUCUACCAUCAUUAUUUCUCUGUUGAUAUAUUGUAUGAAAAUUAAAUGAGAAUUUUUUUUUUCCUUUUUAGUUCAUUUGCAUGGACACAAAUUUAGCUGAAUUAAAAAAAGAAAAGAAAAUUAUUUUCUUGAGGCUGCAACUUGCAAAAAAGAUGAAGAAAAAUAAAUAAAACAGAUCAGCCAUUUUCAACAAUUUAUAUUAUUUUUAAAGAUAAAUUUCACUAGUGCAUGGUUUUCAAGGGGAGUGAAUGCAACAUCAUGAUUAAAAAAAAGACAUUGUUUAUCAUUCUUUAGACCAUUCAUGAGUCUGUGUUUUGCAGACAUGCAGAUAAGGGAAACUUAAAGGAAACUUUUGGAGUUAUUUAACAGAAAAUGUUUAUGUGACAAAAAGUGAUAAUGAGAAUAAAUGUAAAUUAUUUAUUUCAUUGUAAAAGGCACACGCCUUAUGAAGAUAAACAUUAUGUGCAAAUUGUACAUGUUUCUCUUUUUUUUCCUUGUCCCAGGGUACUUCUCAUUGUACUAUUCAUUGCUACCAUUGUUCAGUCCCCUGAUAUUGUCCAGAUUUUAGGACUGUUGGUUAUUUUACAGUUCUGUAUUGUUUCAGUAUGUAUUUUAUUUUGGAUUUGAUUUGUUUAACAAGCAUGUUGAAAAGGAUUUUCUGCAACAUGGCUUGGGCACACCUUACAGUAACUCAGCAUGUUUUGAUAAAGAUGAUAUUUGGAAUUUUUGCAGUUUCUUGUACAGUGCAUGUCAACUUCAUUACGUUUCUCCCUCACCUUAAAUUGAACUCUACAGCAAAUUAGUUCUUGGUCUUCCACGGCCAAUUAUUGAAGUUUUAACAAAAACAUUCCACCCCAAGGUCAUAUUUUCUUUCAGGUUUUUGAGAAAAAAAAAAGUGACAAGGAAAAUAUUUUAUAUUUAAUGGAGGUUGACGAAACAGUUGUGAUUGCAAGUGUAUUUUAUUUCAGUAUUGUUGACGAACAUGCAAAAAUAAUCUGUAUUGGUACAGCAAGAAGUCUAUACCUAAUCAAGAGGCAGCAAAGAUGCAAGAGAUGUAUGUUGCUGUGGUUCAAUUUUACAGGCACUGUUUGUGAAGAUGAGCUAAUCACAAGUUCAAAUAACAAGGGAUAUUGCCACAGAAAAUGUUUUUUUCUUGUUUUAAUGAAAAUGAAAUUAAUUUACUAUAUUUUUGUUAGUUUUAUUUAAAAGCCAAGACCAGUUUAUUUUUUAUUUUCUAUUUUUAGUAAUUAUAAAUACUUCUCAUGUCUGGGAAGUAUAUGAAUCUUAUAGUUGCAGUAUGUCUGAAUGAAAUUGAAUUGAGGCAUUAUUCCUUUUCCAUGACGAUAAAGCGUUUUAAUGUCCAAGAAAACCUUGUCGCUGUAACAAGCUACAGUAUAUAUUUUCAUUUUCAUUUUCAUUGUACAUACCUUUAGAUGUCAGAAUUUGAAUAAACAUGCUACCAUGAAUAGAUUGAUAGACUCUUUUGGAACAGGAAAAAUGCCUCACAUGAUGACAAAGACAUAUGUUAUUUAUCCUUUUGAAUGCCUUUUAAUUUUCUCUUUUUGGUGCAAUGUGUUAAUGCCAAGGCUAUGUCUUGGUUAAGUAUGGUUGAGUACAGAGAUUUAUGUAAGUUAUUUUUCAAAUUAAAAAUAAAAAAUUGAUAUUA